AAGAGCAUCAAACAAACAAACAGUAGUACUACUACUUACAAACUACAACUACUUAACUCUUUCACUUUCUCUCUCCUCCAACCAAACAACCCCUUCUUUCUCUCUCCUAAAUUCUCUCUAAACGGCGGCGUCGUCGCCAUGAAUAACCCGGCGAACUACUCUAAGCUGAGUCAGCAGCAUCAAGUGGACCCCAGUCCACAAAGGGGUGGACCCCACCAUCGUAGGGCCCUCUCAGACACAACUUUCCGAUUCUCCGGCGACGAAGACGAUGAUUUUUUAUUCGACAUCGACAACUUCAACCUCUCUUCUUUAGACCUAAUUCCUCCUUCUCCUUCUCCUCCUCAAUUAGCUGCUUCUAUGCCUGUUGAUUCUUCAAGGUCGGAUGAAUCUAGCGGUGAUAAUCGCUCUUCUUCCACAUCUUCUAGGCUGCCUCAACCUUACAACAAUAAUAACAGUAACAUUCCUGUAGCUGCUCACCUUCGGAGUUUGUCUGUUGAUGCCGAUUUCUUCGAUGGAUUGUCAUUUGGUGGUGGUGCUGCUGGUGGUGGUGCUGGUGGAAUUGGAAUUGAAGGUGGAGAGAGGAAAGUAGGGAUGCAUCGGAGAACUAGCUCAAUGGAUGGUGGGAGCUCGUCGAGUUCGAUGAUGUUUGAAGGAGAGUCUAUGUUGGUGGAUGGUGUUAAGAAAGCUAUGCCUCCUGAGAGACUUGCUGAACUUGCUCUCAUUGAUCCUAAGCGCGCUAAAAGGAUUCUUGCGAACAGACAAUCUGCAGCGCGAUCAAAGGAAAGGAAAAUCAGAUACACUGGGGAGUUAGAGAGAAGGGUACAGACACUGCAGACGGAAGCAACUACUCUUUCUGCACAAGUCACAUUGCUUCAGAGGGACACUACAGGACUGACUGUUGAGAAUAAGGAACUAAAAUUACGUCUGCAGGCUUUGGAGCAACAAGCACAGCUGAGAGACGCUCUGAAUGAAGCAUUGAGACAAGAAGUUCAAAGAUUGAGGAUAGCAACUGGGCAAAUUCCACCAGGCAACAACUCUUCUGGCAGGGGGAUGUUUUCUCAGUUUCCAACACAUGCGCAAAACGCACAAUCCUUUGGCGGCCAGCAGAACCAGCAGCAGCAGCAGUUUCAUAUCCCUGAUCAGGCGGCUGCCAACAACGCGGGUGCUCAUAAGCAGCUGAAACCAAAUUUCAUGGACUUCAAUCACAAAAUUUAAGGUAUAUUCUGAGGCUGCGACUGUUAGAAAUUUGAUGUCUCUUAUUCAGGGCUAUCUGUAGCCAGAUAGCAUGCUGUAAAUAUAAUGGUGUAUGUAUAUGUUUUAUCUGCGGAUCCACAUUUUCAAUACUUCAUAGAUUUUAUCAAGUUGGUUAUAUUGCUACUGUAGAAUUGGUGUAUUUUGUUUAGUUGGACCACAGAGAUAUUACAAGGAAAUGUUUUCCUA